GAAGCCUUAAAAAUAACUGGACUUAUCAUCCUUGGUCUAUUCCAGAAAAGGCACUUAAAUGGCUGCCUGCCCUCUCAUAAAGACAUUAACAGCUAUCAGGCAAGUCCCCAGCUUCCUUCUGCAGCUGAGUGGGGGUUUUCUGUUUGUUUUGUCUUCCAUUCUUGCUUUUGAGGACAGCUCUGGAAAGAAUGUGUCACCUCCCACCCUGCCUGCAGGAUUUGGUUUAAUUUCUAGUUUAUUUGGAUUGUCUGAUGUCCUGCUUCACGUGAUACCCCUAUACCCGUACCUUAAUAAUGACUUUACAAAAAGAAAAAUAAGGAAAAAUUCCCCGGGGGUGGGCGGGGAGGAGAAAACCUGUCCGGGGACAUUUACAAUCCAAUAGGUAGGGACCCAUGGUUAAUUUAGGUUCCCUAAAGAGAAGCUGACAGAGGUGAGGGGGAAAAGACAACCCUUGCCUCAGGCAUUGGUUCUUCAUCAUAAUGUUCUUAUAAUUUCACGUAAUAAUCAGGUCUGGUUCCUCCAUCUCCAUACCUAGUUUCCAAAACUCACAGGGCCACGUGCCUGAGAGUGCAAGCCCUGGGCUGUGCGCUCAUCUGAACCACCACAAAAACUGCGUCUCAACACACCUGGUCACAAAACGUGGCUUUCCACGCAUAAAUCACGAAAACUGGGAUCUAAAGAGGCAGCCAAUGAGGCAUCUCAGGCUUUCUGUGUUGCACCUGCAGCACUGAGUCCUGGUGCAAACGCGGGCAGACAAGUGCGGCCAGUGCCCCCGCCACACACGCACACUCUCCACCGGUGAGCACCCGAGCCCAAAGGGCCGCACGGGACUCCAUCUCUGUGGGGCGUGGAAGCUAGCGCAGAGCUCUGCGUUUGCGCAAAAGCCUGAUGGAUGCUGAGGAACCCGCGUCCAUCAAAAACGGGACUCUGCAUGCGCGCGCAGCCACUCGUCACCUCGCCGCCGCCACGCCUGCUCCCCGCCGCGCAGGCGCAGUUCACAGGAGCGCGUGCCCGGGGGCUUCUGGGAAGCCUAGUCCGGGAUCGCGCAGAGCAGCCCGGGCCUCCCCGUCUGCGAAGGGGCGGACUUGUCUCCUGGGCCCUCUCUCGGUCGGCUCUUGCCACACUGGACAGAUGGGAAUUCGCGCGGCUGGAGCCUCCUUAGCCCCGCGUCCUGGGCGAGGCCCUCCACAGUCGUGCCGCCCGGAGGCUUCUGAGAGUUAUAGGCCGACAGGUCCGUGAGUAAAGCCGCCUCGAAGCCCACCAGCCAGGGGCGCGGCCUGAGAACGCCGGCCGGACGGCGAGCAGAGAGAUGGCGCGGCGAGCACAUCAGGGCGGGGCCUCAGCCCAGAGGCGCGUGCACGCGGCUUCCCGCCGGCAUCAAGCCACCGACAAAGCAAAAAGAAGUCCAUUUGGGGGUUUCCUGAGUUGGAAGGAAACAAUGGAAGGUUGUAAUACUCCUUUCCUGUGGCUGCUGUAAAAAGUUGCCCAUGGCUUCAAACUAUACAUCACUGCCUUCCCAGCACUCCGCCUCUCUCUGAACGUGGAGCCUGAAGGGAAGGGAAAGGAUGCCUGCUGCACGGCGCAAAUCCAAGGCACCAGUGACUUUUGGGGACUUGGCUAUCUACUUCUCCCAGGAGGAGUGGGAAUGGCUAAGCCCCAUUCAGAAGGAUUUGUAUGAAGAUGUCAUGUUGGAAAACUACAGGAACCUGGUCUCACUGGGUCUUUCCUCUCGAAGGCCAAAUGUCAUUGCCUUACUGGAGAAAGGGAAAGCACCCUGGAUGGUGGAGCCUCCAAGACGACGCCAGGGCCCAGACUCCAGGUCUAAGUGUGAGGUGAAGAAAUUACCACCAAAUCAGUGCAACAAAUCUGGGCAAAGCAGCUGUCAGAAACCAGUUUCUACAAAACAAAAGGUUCCAACAGGGAGCAGGGGCUACAGCAAAAGUUCAUUUCUAAGCAAACCCAAGAAAGGUAAUUCAGGGAAGAAAGCCUUAAAAUGUGAUUACUGUGCUAAAACCUUUAGUCAAAGCAUCUCUCUUAAACUGCAUCAGAACUCACAUACUGGAGAGAGACCUUAUGAAUGUGGUAAUUGUAGAAAAGCCUUCAGACAGAUCUCGUCUCUCAUUCUUCAUCAGAGAGUUCACAAUGGGAAGAAAAGCCAUGAGUGUGAUAAAUGUGGGGAAAGUUUCAAUAACAAAAUAGCCUUUAUUCUACAUAGAAAAAUUCAUAAUGGAAAGGAAAUGUCUAAUUGUGGGAAGGGUUUGAGUUCAUGCCCAUCUCUCAGUGUACAUCACAACAUCCAAAUUGUGGAGAGAGUCUACCAGUGCAGAAAAUGUAGGAAAGUCUUUAGUCGGAAGUCAUCCCUUUUAGUUCAUAAGAGAAUUCACAGUACAAAGAAAAUACAUAAAUGCAAUAGAUGUGGGAGAGGCUUCAAAAAGAAACCAGCCCUUGUUACACAUGAAAAAAUUCAUAUUGGAGAGAAACCUCAUAAAAGUGUGAAGGCCUUAAGUCAGAGUGUGAUGCAGAGAAGUCACCAUUUAGAGAAUGCCUUUAAAUGUGGAAAAUGUGGGAAAUCCUUUAGUAGGAUUUCACCCCUUUUGCUUCAUCAUAAAAUUCACGCUUCAGGUAAACCCUAUAAAUGUGACAAAUGUGAGAAGGACUUUAGGCGCCUUUCAACCCUUAUUCUGCAUCGAAGGGUUCACAGUGGAAAGAAGCUGUACAGAUGCAAUAAAUGUGAGAAGGUCUGUAAUCGGCAUUCAUCCCUCAUUCAACAUCAGAAAAUUCAUAAACGGAAGAAGAAGCUCUUUGAGUGUAAGGAAUGUGGAAAGAUGUUUUCUGGAACUGCAAACCUUAAAAUACAUCAGAACAUUCAUUCUGAAGAGAAACCUUUCAAGUGCAAUAAAUGUAGUAAAGUUUUUGGUCGCCAGUCAUUUCUUAUUGAACAUCAGAGGAUUCAUACUGGAGAAAAGCCCUAUCAGUGUGAGGAAUGUGGGAAAGCGUUCAGCCACCGAAUAUCCCUAACUCGACACAAGAGGAUUCAUACUGAAGACAGACCUUAUGAAUGUGACCAGUGUGGGAAGGCCUUCAGCCAGAGUGCACAUCUUGCCCAGCACGAGAGAAUCCACACUGGAGAGAAGCCGUACACCUGCAAGACAUGUGGGAAGGCCUUCAGUCAGCGCACCUCCCUCAUCCUCCAUGAAAGAAGUCAUACCGGAGAGAAACCCUACGAGUGCAAUGAGUGUGGGAAGGCAUUUAGCAGUGGCUCAGACCUCAUUCGACAUCAGAGAAGUCAUUCUUCGGAGAAACCCUAUGAAUGUAGCAAGUGUGGGAAGGCGUAUAGUCGGAGCUCGUCCCUGAUUCGACAUCAAAACACUCAUUCUGAAGAAAAGGCCUAAUGUUUUAAAUCUGUGAAAGCUAAGAAUGAGGUUAUCAAAGAAGCAGUCACAGGCAUGGGGGAAAUGUACAGAUCUUCUUUAGGGGGUGGGGUUGUGUCCUGAGAAACUCCCCAAGGUUGAAAAUAUAGUGAAUAACACACUUGAAGUACCGAACAUCAGAGCUUUGCAACACAGCCCAGUGCAGAGUACCGAUCAUUCAUCAUUGCACGGCUGACAGGGAGCUGUGCCCAUUACUACCACCCAGCACCAUGAAAGAGCAUCAUACUGCCUGCUGCUAGCCUCGGAAAAGAUCACAUCCUGAAGUACAGUUUCUACAGAACAUAUUGCUUCUGCCCCAUCAUAAAGCCAAAACUCACAGGUUAAGCCUUUGUAUAUUGAGGUCUGUCUGUACCUGUCUCUAAUAUAAAUUCUGUAUAUAUGGGGUGAUAUGAUGAUGUAUCCCACUUUGAAAGCCAAAGAACAAAAGUCACUGGUGACUUUUGACCUCUGGAUUUGAAACCAACUGAGGAAAGCUCAGGAGAAAGAUAAGUCUUUUGAGGAUGAAGGCUAUUUUUCUUUGAUGUUUUAUUUCCUAGUGUAGUUUUGAAGAGACUUCACUGGCCACAUGCCACACAAUGGAAUUGUGAAGUCUGGUUUUGUAGAUGGGGCGUUGAGCCUGAUUUGAGUUCACAUGAGUUUGAGUCAGUUCCUCAGAACCAAAACUGUCUCAUAAAAGGGAGUUCCUGGCAAAAUAGGAUGCUGCUUUCACCUGACAGUCUUUAGGGGGAUAAAGACAGCACCUGUAAUGGUGUGCAGCAGCAGUGUUCACCAUACUGUCUUCAUGGAUUUGAAGACAUGGUGUGAAAAUUGAAUAUGUGCAAGACAGGCUAAUGGGGAAGAACCAUGAGGCAGUGACAAAAUGAGGAACUUCAGAGCAGGGAGAAAAUUUAUAUUUGAAAAUAAAUUGUUUAUAUUUAUAGGACUAUAUAUUGGUAUUUUCAUGUAAUACCGAUGUGUAAUAAGUGACUUGUGAAAUGUGUUGCAGAUUAAAUGUGUGUGUCACCCCAAAAUCACAUGCUGAAGCCCUCGCCCUCAAUGUGUGAUAUUUGGAAAUGGGGCAUCUGAGAAGUAUUUAGCAUUACUUGAGGGCAAGGCUUCAUGAUGGGUCAUUGCCCUUAGAAGAAGAGAUACCAGAGAGCUUACUCUCUGCACCAUGCAAGGACAUAGGAAGGCAGAUGUCUGCACCCAAGGAGACAACCCUCCCUGGAACUGGCCUGGUAGACAUUCUGAUCUCAGAUUUCCAGCCUCUGGAACUGAGAAGUUAAUUCUGUUGUUUAAGUCCCCAGUCUGUGGUGUUUUAUUACGUCAGCUCAAGUGGACCAAGACACUGGGGAGCCUCUAGGUAUAUAUACUGAGCUCUUUUCAUUUCAGCUGUUUACCUGUUUCCAGUGUGUGUAAAACA